AUGGCGCUCCUAGCUGUCGGAACAUUCAACACAAACGAGCUCUUCACCAUUCGUUUCGAUCCCGAGACGGAGAGUCUGGAGCUGCUCGAUGUCUCUCAAGCCAAAGGCAACCACUCGUGGCUUUCGACGGCGACCAUCCCUAAAUCAGACGGUGGUGCGGCGCGUCCGACCCAUCUCUACGCGACUUGCUGGACAGAGCCUCCAAGUGUAGCGGCAUAUCGCAUUCAUCGUCAAGGCUCCUCCAGGGCUAGCUUCGAACUGCUCAACACGGCCGAGACCGCUGCGAGAUCGGGCUACGUCUACGUCGGUUUCCCGGAAAAGGCAACACACCCAGUGCUCUACACGUGUGGCGGACCAACUGGCGAGGUCGUAGCGAUCGAUGGGGAUACUGGCGCUUUCGAUCUCGCCGGUACCAAGCAUCCAGCGGUCGUGCCGUCCGAGGCGCCUCAGGACGGAGUGACUGGCGUCGGUUCUGCCGGCCGCAUCCAGGAAAUCGACUUUGUCACGGGAGAAUGCUCUAUCCCCGGUAAGACGCUUGCCGAAACCAAGGAAUUGCGUCGUCAAGAAGCGCAGAAGGCUUCAGGAGGCGGCAGUGGCAGCCCGGCCACUGCGCAACUUGACACCUCGAACGGCAAGAACGCCAUGGACUUUGGCGGGUUGCGCCACGGCUCGCACGGCAUCGAUCUCUCUCCCGAUGGCACCCUGUGCUAUGUCCCGGACAUCGGGCGCAACUGUGUCUGGACUAUGCACGUCGAACCCACCAACGGCGCUCUCAGCCUGGCCGACAAGAGCAUCGCGCCGCGCAAGAACGAUGGCCCGCGUCACACGAUUUCUCACCCCGGUGGACGCUACAUCUACAGUCUGCAGGAGCACAGCUCGAUGGUAGACGUGUUCGAGGUGAUCAAGGACUCUAACGGAACACGUCUGGAAUGGCGACAAGGCGUCAAGAUCAUCCCGCAGAGCGACGACGAGGGCCUCUACUGGGCGGACGAGGUGCGACUCUCGUGCGCCUAUGAUCGUCCCGAUGGCGAGUAUCCGCUCUACAUGUUUGCCUCUACACGUGGAUUGUCUGCCGAAACAAAGGGCUGGGUUGCAGUCUUCCAACUCGACAAGAAUGGUCUGGUCGUCCCACAGAGCCGCGAUGAAAACGACGAGCUGGGAGAUGCGCUUUGCCUGUGGCAAUCUCCCACCUCCGGCGGGUGGGCAAACGCUAUCGAGCCUGCACCCACCUUCUUGCGUGGGCCCAACGGCACCUCGCAAUAUGCUGCGCUCACGUGCAGCGAGGUGGGCGUUGUGCGAAUGCUUCGUCUCGAUGUGCCCGACCCUCAGAAGCCCAACCUCGCAUCGAUCCAUGAAGUUGCCACCCUCGCAAUUGGAAAAGAUGGCAACGGCAGGCUCAGGGGGGCCGCCACAGCGGUAUGGAUAUGA